GGGCGGCGCCCUUAUUUGCUCGAGAUGCGCUCGUCGCAAAAGUUCAUUGUCGCGACUAUCUCGCUGUCGAUGUUUACGGACACUUUUCUCUACGGAAUGAUUAUACCCUUAAUGCCGACUGCCUUAAUCACUCGCACCAGUAUACCCUUCGAAGACCGUGAAUUUUUUAACAGUAUUUUGCUCGUUUCUGAAGCCGCAGCCAGUGUCGUUUGCGCCCCAGUCUUUGGGUACCUCCUUGACCGGUCGGAGACACGUCGGAAACUAUAUAUCCUCGGGUUAUUGCUGUUGUUGGUUUCAAUGGCUUUACUCACAUAUGCGUUCUCAAUUGCCUGCUACAUAGCAGCACGAAUACUCCAGGGUGCCGCUACGGCUAUGGUCGCAGUAGCUGGAUUUAGCAUUGUUACCGAUACGAUUCAAAAGGCUCAUCUGGGCUAUAUGCUUGGCUAUAUUGAUGUCGGCCUUACAUUGGGAUUUGCCUCGGGCCCAUUGCUAGGCGGGCUCAUAUACCAUGCCGCUGGAUAUUAUACGGUGUGUGGAGUUGCUUUCGGCCUGAUUGGCAUUGAUCUCGUGUUGCGUCUGGCAGUCAUUGAGAAAAAGACUGCGAUGUAUUGGCUUGAGCCGGAGGAAAACGAAAGGAUGCCUGAACCUGUUAUUCCAACACCUUGCUUGCACUAUGACGCAAUCCAGAAGAGCAAUGAAUCCCUGAAAUCAAAACGUGGAAUGUUUGCAUUUUGGACGCUUCUUCAGCAGCCACGAAUUUUGAUCACUACAUGGACAUUUAUCCUACAAUCGCUUUUCAAUUCUGCGUUGGACUCAACACUUCCCAUUUUUGUAAUGGAUAGAUUUCAUUGGGAUACUGCCGGUGCUGGGAUGAUAUUCCUUCCAAUGGUUGCCACGGUCUUAUUGCAGCCAUUUUGCGGGUUUCUUUCCGAUCGACUCGGCGCCCGUAUGGUUGCGACAACGGGGUUCAUACUCAUCGUCCCAUCGUUGAUAUGUCUUCGGUUCGUGGAGAUGAACACAAUGCAGGACAAAACCCUCCUUUGCGUUCUACUCGCACUCUUCGGUACAUUCAACAAUGGAAUCUCACCUUGUCUCUUAGUGGAGACGCAACAGGUGGUCGAUGAGCUGGAGGAGGAAACCCCUGGAGUCUUUGGUGAUAACGGAGCCACAGCGCAGGCCUUCAGUCUUCAGCAAAUGGCUCAAUUUACUGGAAUGGUGAUUGGCCCGAUGAUAGGAGGGUUUAUUGACCACCGUUAUGGGUGGAAAAUGAUGAACUUGUGUCUUGGCACACUGUCUGCAAUCACGGCUGUCUUGACACUUCAGCUCUCAGGGCCCGAGCCAAAUGGGGAUCCAGAAGAGGAUUAUCAGGAACAGGAACCACUCCUGAGGUAA